CGCUGCAGUUUGCACUGCGCUCCGAGGAACAGAGAGAGAGAGAGAGAGAGAGAGAGAGAGAGAGAAGCUGCUCUUAUUCUCUCUAUUCUAUUUUUCCUUUUUUCUCACUCUGGACUCUUUAAUCUUCCACACCGGAUCAUUUGCUUCAUAUUCUUCUUCCUCUCUUAUUCUUAUUGUUGUUGUUGUUGUUGUUGUUUAUCUCUCUGCUUACGGACUCGCGCGCUUUAACGGAAGAAACCGGAGAGAUCGGAGCCACACACACACACACACACACACACACCCGAGAGGAGAGAUACAGAGAGAGAGAGAGAGAGAGUUGAAGUGUGUGAGUGUGUGUCAGUAUGAGUGUGUGAGUGUGUGUGAGUGUGUCGGUGUGUGUCGGGGGCAUGUCGGUGGUGGUCUCGGCGCUCGUGACUCGUUAAUGGGACCGGAACUUCAACAGCGACCUUCAUCAUCAUCAUCAGCAUCAUCAUCCUCAUCUUCUUCAUCAGGAACAAGCGUGUCUGGGAUGAACCUCAGCGUGGGUGGACAUAUCAAGUGAACCACCGCGUCGUCUACUUCCCUACAAUCUGUCCUACUGCGGUUCUGAGAAUCUAAACGUCCAAGCUUUAGGACAUAUAAAAACAAAAAAAGGACGUCGGCGAGGACGGACAGGAUGUGGGACGGUUUAAGAGUUCAGGUCUUCUUCUUGUGUUUAAUAGCAAUGUUAUGGAUUACGGCGGCGUCUCGGGGCCCUCAGGAACACGAACAUCGCGGCCAUCUGGCUUCCUACAGACACAGAGAGAGGCGGAAGGAGGGACACGUGCUCCAUCGCUCCAAACGGGGAUGGGUUUGGAAUCAGUUCUUCGUCAUCGAGGAGUACACGGGACCCGAUCCCGUCCUCGUAGGCCGGCUUCACUCCGACGUGGACACAGGGAAUGGAAACAUCAAAUACAUCCUCUCAGGCGAAGGCGCCGGAACCAUCUUCGUCAUCGACGAUAAAACCGGCAACAUCCACGCGACAAAGACGCUGGACCGCGAAGAACAAGCGGAGUACACGCUCACCGCCCAGGCCGUAGACCGGGACACCACCAAGCCUCUGGAGCCUCCAUCCGAAUUCAUCGUCAAGGUCCAGGACAUCAACGACAACCCGCCGGAGUUCCUGCACGGGCCGUACUACGCCCGCGUGGCUGAGAUGUCCAACGUCGGUACGUCAGUGAUUCAGGUCACGGCUACAGACGCAGACGAUCCGACGUACGGGAACAGCGCUCGGCUCGUCUACAGCAUCCUGCAGGGCCAGCCGUACUUCUCCGUGGAGCCGCACACAGGAAUUAUCCGCACUGCGCUGCCCAACAUGGACCGAGAGGCGAAGCAGGAGUAUGAUGUGGUCAUCCAGGCGAAGGACAUGGGGGGACACAUGGGCGGCCUCUCGGGGACCACGCAGGUCAAAAUCACGCUCACGGACGUCAACGACAACCCGCCCAAGUUCACACAAGGUGUGUAUUCGAUGUCUGUGAUGGAGGAUAAAGUGCCUGGAGAGGAGGUGGGCCGUCUGAAGGCCAGAGAUCUGGACCUGGGAGAGAAUGGACUGGUGGACUACACGCUGCUGGACGGAGACGGCAUCAACACCUUCGAGAUCAGCAAAGACUCUGAGACUCAGGAGGCCGUCAUUAAACUGAAAAAGCACGUGGACUUUGAGACGAAGCGGUCUUACACGCUGAAGGUGGAGGCGACGAACCCGCACGUGGACCCUCGGUUCAUCAGCUGGGGGCCGUAUAAAGACACCACGGUGGUGAAGAUCUCUGUGGAGGACGCUGACGAGCCGCCGGCCUUCUUGGCUCCUGGUUACAGCUUCGAGGUGGAGGAGAACGCGCCGGGGGGAACCGUGGUGGGACGCGUACACGCCAAGGAUACGGAUAUUGCUAACAGCCCCAUCAGAUAUUUAAUCCCUAGCUACACAGAUCUGGAGGAGUUUUUCUCCAUUAACCCUGAGGACGGCAUCAUCAAAACCACGCGGCCUCUGGACCGAGAGACUCAGGCUUGGCACAACAUCUCCGUGAGCGCAACAGAGAUCGGUGGACAUCACCAGGACGCUAAAGUACGAGUGAACAUCAAAGUAAAGGAUGUGAACGACAACGCUCCGGAGUUCGCUACUCAGGAUGAAGUGCUGAUGUGUGAAAACGUCGCUCCCGGAACGGCCAUAAAGACGGUGAGCGCGGUGGAUAAAGACGAGAUGGCGCACCGGCAGCAUUUCCACUUUAGCCUCCCGCCCAGAGUCGCCAAUAACCACAACUUCUCGCUGAAGGACAACAGAGACAAUACGGCUACGGUGGUGGUGAUCCGCAAAAGUUUCAGCAGGAUGACGCAGGACGUUUACGCUCUGCCCAUCGAGAUCAGCGACAACGGCGUGCCUCCUCUCAGCAGCACCAACACCCUCCUGAUCCGAGUGUGCAGCUGCGACUCCAAACACACCAUCCUGUCCUGUAACGUGGAACCGCUGUUCCUCCCGGCGGGCCUCAGCACCGGAGCGCUCAUCGCCAUCCUCGCCUGCAUCGUCAUCCUGCUGGCGAUUGUGGUGCUGUUCGUGGCUCUGCGCCGCCAGAAGAAGGAGCCCCUGAUCGUGUUCGAGGAGGAGGACAUCCGCGAGAACAUCAUCACGUACGACGACGAGGGCGGCGGCGAGGAGGACACCGAGGCCUUCGACAUCGCCACACUGCAGAACCCCGAUGGCGUCAACGGCUUCCUGCCUCGUAAAGAUAUCAAGCCCGAGCUGAGCUACAGCGUCCGCGCUGGACUCAGACCCGGUGGCGGCGGCGUCGACGUAGACGAGUUCAUCAAGACGCGAGUAUGCGACGCUGAUAACGACCCCACCGCACCUCCGUAUGACUCCAUCCAGGUGUAUGGCUACGAGGGGCGGGGCUCCAUCGCCGGCUCACUCAGCUCCCUGGAAUCGGUGACCACAGACUCGGACCUGGACUACGACUACCUCCAGAACUGGGGACCGCGAUUCAAAAAACUGGCCGACCUGUACGGCACCAAAGACUCGGCAACCGAAGACAACUCUUAACGACGGAUCACGUUCGUCUUCGCAAAAAACAAAAACCCUCCCACCCCAAACACCUUCCCCGCCCCCCUUUUUCCAUCACUUCCACUAACGACGUGUGCUGUGUGACGUUUACUAUAAGCAAUUCCACGACUUUCAUCUAUUUAGAUUCUUUUAUUUUUGAUUUUAUUUUUUUGUUCCAGUAUACGUCGUGUACACUGCUAGGAAUCUUUAACGUAGGCGUGAUCGGAACAGAUGGAGCAGAAAAAAAAAUCAUUAAAAAAAAAUUAUAAAAGGAAUUCAAAAAAUAUAUAUAAAGAAAAAAUGACACAAAAUAUUAAACCAACACCUCUGACACGGGACGUGCGGAAAGUCAAAGCGGCGCACGCGUGUGGGACGCGACAUAUUCCACGAUGAUUGCUGAUACUGUGAACGAGCUCACACCAGAGAGAGGGGGAGAGAAAAACUGUUGCCUUAUUACCACAACACACGGAAAUACGUCAGCGAUUCGAGACGUGUCCCUCAUCAACAGCGCCUCCAUCAGGACAUCGGAGGAACGACCCAAAAAUCGUCUUCUUUUUUUUUUUUUUCUUAUUCUUCAACGUAUUAUUUUUUUGCUUUUCCUCUGUAUUAUCUUAAACAGAAAUCGGGAAAAAAAAAACAUCCGUACAAAAAAAGGAAAAAAAUCUCCUUGAUGAACAAUCACGCAGAAAGACACGUGAGCUCAGAACCCGCCUUAAAUCACGGACACUCUUGCAGCGCAGUGCAUUUCUUUUUUAAAAUCGAAAACUAUAUCCUAAAAACAAACUAAAACCCAUAUAACCUGUGUACAGUACCAAUGUGCGAAUACGUCUCUUGAGGAUCAAACUCACGACUACCGGUUUCACAAACGUCUUUUUAUUAUGAUUAUUACAAUUAUUAUUUUAUUAUGAUAUAAUUAUUAUGACUAUCAUUAUUUUCAGUGUCUUCAUUUUUUAUUAUUAUUAUUAUUAUUAUUAUUA